UCAAGAGCUCGUCGUAGAGCUUCAACCAAUCAGCGCGCAGAUCAGCUGAACCUGCGAACCAAUCAGCGCUCACAUCAACAGGAACUGCAACAAUGGAGGCGAGCAUGAAGCCCGUGGGUGUAUGACAGCAUGUCAACAGCAAAUCCCCCAAAAUCAUAAUGCAUGCUUUCUGAACGGACAAUUAACUGUUCCACGUGUGAAAUCGACAAAAUGGCUUCGUGGUCGGAGAAAAUGCUACAACUCCUGCGUCGAAUGAAUAACUUUCAUUUACCAGGUUCUAGUUUGGAGAGCUGUCUACGUUUUGAGGUGGCUGGAGAACAGGUUGGAUGGCUUUACCCAAAAGUAGCAUCAAUUCUUGGUCGUUUUCCUGCUGUCUUCAGACCAUACGGGAGCACUAUAACCUUCAGCUCCGGUCUUGACACUUUUGAGAGCAGAUCAGUGGCUGUGGAUGAGGUCUUGCAGGAGCUGAGGAGAGAGGCAACAUUCACCUGUCUCAUAGGCUGGAGAGAUGAGGCGGCUGGAGGACUGGCAGCAAGCUGUAGUGUAAGGCAUACCAUGGUAAAAGAGUGUGAAGAGGAGGCCUGCAUCCCUCAGGGCCUGGCAGAGCAAGCACGUCCUGUGGGAACUGUGAGCUACACCUACGAAGAUGACGAAGGAAUAUUUCCUGAGUGUCAGUUUGUCUUUGAUUUAGAACUGCCUCUCAAUUUUCAGCCUCACAUUGGAGACGGAGAAGUGCAAGCGUUUUACUACUAUCCAAUAGAGAAGGUGAAAGAUCUCUUGGUCAGUGAGGAGUUUAAGCCAAACUGUGCCAUGGUGGUUCUGGACUUCCUCAUCAGACAUGCCAUCAUUGAGCCAGACUCAGAGCCCUAUUAUCACGAAUUUGUGGCUGGAUUGCACAGAUCACUGUAAAAACUGACUGACGGUGUUAAGACUUGUGUCAACCUGCAACAGUUUGGUAUUUUAGUUAUCUACCUCCGCUUUUAAAGGGCAAGUUCACCCAAAAAUGAAAAUUAGGCUGUGUUUUACUCACCCCUGAGGCAUCCUAGG